UUGAAACUUGGUUCAUUCAUUCAUAUAUCAAAAGGAAUAAAUACAAUGGCAAGCCGCCAGGAUAUUGGAAACAAGGCAGGCGAAAUCACAGGUCAAGCUCAGGUAAAGAAGGAUGAGCUUCUGGACCGGGCAUCUGAUGCAGCUCACUCAGCCCAAAACUCUUCCCCUAACCUCACAGGACAAGCCACCAACUUCCUUCAACAGACGGGUGAGCAAGUAAAGAACAUGGCGCAAGGGGCCGCAGUGGCAGUGAAGAACACACUGGGAUUGAACACAGACAGCCCCAACAGCACCAACAAUAGGAGCAACACCAACAAUCCAAGCAACCCAAAUACCGCGAGCAACAUCAACAAUCCAAGCUACCCAAAUACCACGAGCAACAUCAACAAUCCGAGCAACCCAAGUACAAGGAUUUGAAAGUGUUUUUUGAUCAUUAAUUGACUAUGGUUAAUAUGAUCGAACGCCUUUAUAACAUGCGCCUAAUAUGGGAAUUUGCUAUUCCAUAAUUUGUGGUGCUUAUCUUUUGGUUAAGUUCUUGAAUUUGUAAU